AUAGCGAUUUUAAACGGACCACGAUGUGGUUUAAGGUUCAAUGCUGUAUUUUUUCUUUCUCUUGUAAACCAGAAAACGGUAAAACCUCACUGUUUUUAAAUGACGACAGAAACGGCGGGAUAGGCAAAGCGAGGAAACUCGGGCAGCACACAUGGACACGGCUGUACAGAAAAUGAAGUGAUCUCAGAGAGGAGAGCGCUGAUUGUAAUACUGUUCAGAUCUCAUAUUUCGAAAAGAAGAGGUGUUCAGUUUUGCAACAGUUAAAACUCGCCUGGUGAGAGAACAUCUGUCCUUAAGGAAGUUUACUUUUCCUUGGGAGAGUUUGCCUCCUUCAUUCUGCAGUGGGCAGUUAAAGGUAAAAGAUGACUACACUACUCCAGCCCUUCUCCAGAAACCUCUCUUUCAUUUUCAGAACCUCGAUACCAGUGGAUGCUGGUGAUGCCAAUAAAAGUUGCCGCUUUGACGAGGAGUUCAAGUACAUCCUACUGCCUGUGUCAUACUCAAUAGUGUGUGUUCUGGGCUUGCUUCUCAACUCCGUAGCCCUAUGGAUGUUCCUGACCAAGAUGCGUCCCUGGAACACCAGCACAGUGUACAUGUUCCACUUGGCGCUGUCGGACACUCUUUAUGUUCUCUCCCUGCCCACUCUUAUCUACUACUACGCCAACCGGAGCCACUGGCCCUUUGGUGUGGCCCUGUGCAAGAUAGUCCGCUUCCUGUUCUAUGCCAACCUGUACUGCAGCAUCCUCUUCCUCACCUGCAUCAGUGUGCACCGCUACCUGGGCAUAUGCCACCCCAUCCGCUCUCUGACGCUGGUCAAACCACGCCAUGCCCACGUGGUGUGUGCCAUGGUGUGGGCCACAGUGACAGCCUGCCUGGUGCCCAACCUCAUCUUCGUCACCACCUCGCAGCGGGACAAUGACACACUGUGCCAUGAUACCAGUAGCCCAAAAGAUUUCGAGAACUAUGUCAUUUACAGCUCGGUUGUGAUGGUUCUGCUUUUCGGUAUGCCCUUUAUGGUCAUCAUGGUGUGCUACUGCUUAAUGGCAUGGGCACUUUGCCGCCCCAGGCAGGGCCUUUCUCCUGGCCAGGUCCGCAGCUCCUCCAGAAGGAAGUCCAUCAAACUCAUCAUUGUGGUGCUGACUGUGUUUGCUAUCAGCUUUGUUCCUUUCCACAUCACACGCACCCUCUAUUACACAUAUCGUGUAUUAGAGGCUGACUGUUGGUUUCUUAACAUCAUCAACUUCACAUAUAAAAUCACCCGUCCUUUAGCCAGCUCUAAUAGCUGUCUGGACCCCAUCCUCUACUUCCUGGCGGGAGAUCACUACCGCUCUAGACUCAUCAGAGCAUUCACGAGGCAACCGCCUGUUGGCCGAUCUGGUGAAUAUCUGCAGCCCCCCCCUGGCAAAAAGAACGAUCUCGCCUUGGUGUAUAAGAACCCAGAUCAAGACAGUAGUGAGUCUGACCGCUAGAGGCCAAGCUAUAUACUUACAAAAAGGAAUUUCAUUAUGAUUCUUUUUUAUUUUGAAAGAAUCCACUAAACUUUGACUAAGAUACAUCUCGAGCAAGGAUGUCUCUCAUAGUGUAGACCCAAGAACAUUUCUUUACAGCCUUUGUUUUGAGGUUCCAUAUGUUCACCAUCAACAAAAUGUACCUUCUGGAACCAAACACAUCAAACCCCAAGUUGGGAUGUAAACACGAAGGGUUGUAUGCCAGAAAGGCAGUCUAUUUGUGGAGGUGAUGUGGUUGGAAGUAGCUUCCUGUGUACACUCUAAAUGAAUAUUCCAGUCAGUCUCAUGAUUGCUGUUAAUCUAGAGCAGGGAUGCUAGAGCCCAUCAUCUUAGAGAAAUUGAAUGCCAUUGCUUUUUCUUAUUUACUGCAUUCACUCUCUGGUGGUCAUCCUUGAUCAGUUACAGUAGACCAGGAAAACAAACCACCAGUACAGCUAGACCACAGGCUCCUACUUUUACCUCAGAAAAAUGCCAAUACAAAGCAUCUUUUAAAGUGUAUUACUUCUUAGAACCAGAGCACAUAAAGAGUGCAGUUCCUCUUGUGCAGUUCAAAGGUAGAGUUCAAUUCAGGCCUUUCCACUGAUCCCACAGGAGAUCAGAGGAGGCAUCAGGUAGUCAUAUUUGGAUUUGCAUUAGAAUGAGGGCCUAAAGGCUGGCCAUACUUGUAAGGAUGGAGAGAUUCUGAACGAGGAUUUGCUCUGUUGUAAAGCAGACUGUGUAUAUCAACAGAAACUGUACAUGCCUCAGAGAUCAGUCCUGGCAGCUUCUGGUGCUCCAGCUGUUUUUGUCCUUCAGCAGAGGAGCUCUGUCUGCUGAAGAAGUGGGUGGAGAAAGGAAGGUUGGAGAAGCAUACAGGGGCUUUUCUCUCUUAUCAGCUCCCUCUGAGUGCAAGAAGAGUUUCUUAAUACAGCCAUUUGAAGGUGAACACUAAUUUUCAAAGAACAUUCUAGUGAAGUUGCCAGUUUUCUGUAAAGUUGAUGGGAUAUGUUAGCCACUCCCCUAACCAUUGACAGCUUCUGGUUUGUGUUUUAUUAUGAAGAAACAUUGUAGAAAAUCUGUGAACUGUCAGUCUCUAAAAUAACUGUUUGCUGUAUAUAAUUACAUAAAUAUAUUAUUUACAUAAUGCAAUUGUUUUCUUUUUUAAAAAGAAAAAAAAUAUAUGAAUUUUGGUUUAACUGUCUUGGCAGGAAUUUGAGUGUUUGAGUAUUAAGUAAUUAUUUAUAUGUAGUUUUAGCUAAAAGAGGUAACAUACCAAAUGUAUACUAUUGUUACAAAAAAAUACUGUAUAUGAUAUGUUUUAUUAUCAGACUUUUGAGUCAUAUUUUUGGAAUAAAGGUUAUUGAAUAGAUGUUAAAUGGUUAUGUUAAUGUUGGUAGAUGAUACAGAUUUUAUUGAUUAAGCUAGGUUUGUUUCUGAUUGGAUGAGGUGUUGUAGGCGUGUGUAGGAGUAGUAUAUGGGAAGGCGGUGGGUGCUGCAGUGUGCCGAGGGGCAUGCAAGAAACAUAAAUCAUGCCUGAGGCGAGCUGAGGAAGCUUCUUGAGCAGAGAAAGAAAUGGAGGAAAAUGAGAUAACAAGCACUUGACUGUUGUAACUGGAGAACUUCCAAGUUUUCUAGAAGGAGAUCAUUUUCCAUGAGCUGAUGGAAAAUUGUCUUCUGUUUACCUUUCUUGGUAGGAUGUCUAUUAGACAGUAAACUAAGCUGUUACUAAUCACGCUGACCAAACACUACUUAAUGAAACCUCACUUAUUCACAUUUUGAAAUGUUCUGGGAAAAGGCAAGCUUAUUUUGUCACCUCAUUAAAAACUAAUGUCAUUAAUGCCUCAUAUUUUAGGUCUGAUCAUGCUUGUACCUCAUUUGCUUUUGUAUUAUCCUUUUGCUGACUUACAGUUUAUUGUAUUUAAGUUUGAGUUGUGGUACAGUACUAUACAAAAAUUUGGGUUCCUCUUAUCAAAGGACAUGUUGAUUUUCUAAAUGAGUUGUGCACAUUUUAAUGUAGAAUUAUUGGUUGUUAGCUGAAUUUAACAUAUAUAAAUGUGGCCUGUGCCAAAAAAUAGAUUUCUUUCAAAUUGUAUAUUUUAUUUUAUUCUAAUGUUAAACUCAGCAAAUUUAACUGGGGUGUUCACACUUAUCAAUAUGACUGUAAAUAAUCUACAAUUUUGUAUUUUGUAUCUGUGAAGCUGUUUUUAUAAUUUAGUUUUUCUAGUACUGUCCAUGUGGGAGAUCUCUCUCUUCAAGAUGGAUUGUUUGUCUUACAGAGCAAUUUAAUCCCUCUGUUGGCCAGUAGAUGUCCUUGUUGCCAUCUUCAAAUGUCUGCAGCAAUCAAGUAAAAUAAUCUCAACUUCCUAA